UUCGUGAUCAUGACAACAGUGCUCGUGACGCUGAUGUUGUUAUAAUUUGAACCCGUCCUUUUCACAUCAAGUUUUCUUGGGCUUUUGACUUAAAGGGCUGUAUGAGACAGUUGCUGAUUGCUUGAAAUUUUUUCGUGAAAAUGGACGAUGGCUAUGAUAAUCAAGAAUGGGGAGAGAGUUCGGGAAUGAGAGGGUCGUCGGAGAUGGGAGAUUCUGACAAUGAAGACACCUAUAUGGAAAAUCCUGCUGAAGUUUUGGAGGAAUGUCUCCAAACGUUCAAGACGCAAGACUACAUCAUGGAGCCAGGCAUUUUCAAUCAAUUGAAGAGAUACUUCACAGUUGGUGGUAGUCCAGCCCAUGUUAUCGAACUUCUCUCCCAGAAUUACUCAGCCUCUGCCCAGAUGGCUAAUCUGAUGGCAGAAUGGCUCAUUUUAGCUGGGGCAACAAUCAAUGAUGUACAAUCAAUGGUUGAAAACCAUCUGAAGGAAAUGAUCAUAAAAAUGUUUGACCCCAAGAAAGCAGAUACUAUUUUCACUGAGGAGGGAGAAACCCCUGCUUGGUUGACUGAAAUGAUUGAGCAUCCUACCUGGAGGUCACUAGUUUAUAAAUUGGCUGAGGAGUACCCUGACUGCCUUAUGUUGAAUUUUACAAUUAAGUUGAUAUCAGAUGCGGGAUUUCAAGGCGAAAUUACCAGUAUAUCUACUGCUGCGCAGCAAAUCGAAGUGUUUUCUAGGAUUCUAAAGACGUCAGUUGGCCAGUACUCCGAGAGCAAUGACGAUGAUAGACAAAAGCACAUUCAAGAAUGCGCUCGGAUGAUUUGUCAUGGUCAACAUACCUUCGUGUACAGCGAAGUACUGCUAAAUGUUUUGUCACAAGAACCUAAAGGAGGUCCAUCAAUCAAGAGGCUAUCCCAAGAAAUUACCCGUCACGCGAUUCAAUCGGGUCAUAACGUCACAGCCAUAAUUAUGGGUCUUAACGGUUCAGCUGCACACCCACGCGCCAGUCAAGCCUUAUCCUCAAUGUUAUCUCGCAAUGCUUUAAAUCCCGCUGACAUUACCAAUUUAUAUAAACUGUAUUCGGCAACUGAUCCCCCACCUGUGGAAUUGAUUCGUUUACCACAGUUCAUGGAGUUACUUCUUGAUUCCUUGUUCAAGCCUGGAGUCAAGCUAAAUCCUGAGCAUAAGUCGAAAUACAAUUAUCUUCUCGCUUACGCUGCUAGCGUGGCUGAGGUGUAUAAAAAGAACCAAAGGAAGAACACCAAUCGGGAUGAACUAAAAGCCACGAUGCAGGCUCUUGAGAAGGCUCAUCAAGUAUGUACCACAGCAAAAGGCUCGACUGAACUGAUAGCUGAGCUCGGAACUCUGUAUCAAUACAUCCGCUUUCCUGUUGUCUCCAUGGGCGUAUUUCGCUGGGUUGAAGCAACUGUGCUUGAACCUUCCUACUUUAAACUGAGCACUGAACAUACUCCUGUUCAUCUGGCUCUACUGGAUGAAGUAGCUGCAGUAAAUCCUUUACUCCACCCAAACAUUCUUGACCUGUUGGUUCGGCUCUUUGAGUCGAGACAGGACGAGUUGGAGAUUCUUGUUCAACUUGAAAUGCGUAAAAUGUUGCUUGAUCGUAUGGUCAAUCUUUUGACGCGUGGUUAUGUCGUACCUAUCGUCAAGUACAUCAAACAAUGCUGGCAGAGAGGUGACACCGAUAUUUCACUGAUUCGGUACUUUGUAACGGAGGUACUCGAAUCUAUUGCUCCACCCUAUACAUCUGAAUUUGUCCAACUGUUCUUGCCAAUGGUUGAAAAUGAAGAAAUUACUGGGACCAUGCGUGGUGACAGUGACAGUGACCUUGUUUCCGAUUUCAUAGUGUAUUGUAAGGCCAAUUACGUCGUCGUUUCCUAACAUAUUGCAGAUCGUCCAAGAAAAUGUAUGUUUCCGAUUAUCGUAGCAAUUUUACUCGAUACGGAUAUGACUUGUUAAAUUUUUUUUUUUUUUCAUUUUUUAUUUUUAUUUGCUCAAAAAAUAAAUUGACCGAAUUGCUGAUGAUCAAGUGGUACCACUGGAGAUGUUGGUCUGUGCUGAGCGAGCAAAAUGAACAACAAGGGGCUUACCUUGCAGCAUAACUCCAUUCGUCUCGUUAAGGGCUUCUCUGGCUCGAUCUACAUUUGGAAGGGUGAUAAAAGCCUGACCUUUCAUCCUACCUUCAGUCAUAAGGCGAAUAUCGAACCUAAAUAAAAGAAAAAUAAACAACUGCUGAAUUGCCACCUCAAGCCCUGUCUUUGCAACUUACAUGUUGCGUUCUUCUUCUGAAGUCCAUAAGACAUAACGACCAAAGAUGUGCUUCAAAUCGGAUUCUUUAAUGGUUUUCGCUAAAUUCUUCACGUAGAGCCGUGAACCAGGAACUCCAGCCGAAUAGUUCUUGAAAACGGGAAGUAGCUUCAUUUCUGUGAAUAAAUAAUUCUAUUACUAUGCUUAUUUACUAGGCUUGAAUGGUUUUAACCUUCUUCUUGAAGUCUGUUGAUUUGAAGUUUUCUUUUUGAAAUGAAUUCAUAAUUGUCGUCAUCAGA